UGACAAAAUGGAACCCACCAGCAGUGUGAGGAGACCUGAAAGUGGCACAUGGCAGAGUGUGGCGAUGGAGACAGCAGCAAUGGGAGGCCGUACAGGGACCCAUGACACACUCUGGACCUGGCAGCAGCAUGAGGAGGCGGUACAGGGGCCCAUGCAGAUUACGGGCCUGGCAGCAGCAAUGGGAGGCGCCCGUAAUCUGCCAGCACCCUAUGACAAAAUGGAACCCACCAGCAGUGUGAGGAGACCUGAAAGUGGCACAUGGCAGAGUGUGUGUGGCGAUGGAGACAGCAGCAAUGGGAGGCCGUACAGGGACCCAUGACACACUGGACCUGGCAGCAGCAUGA